CUUUAAAAAGCAAAACAGGCAGUCUAGAUCUAUUAAGUGUUCGCUGUACAAUCCAUGUUUAAUGCUGCAGUGUAGGCACUGAAAGGUUACUGCUGCGUAAACAUGGAUUUCAACCUCAUGGUCACAUACGCAUGAGCACCGCCCCUAUUAUUCAACACAGGUUGUCUGUCAGGAAUUCACUGGUGAAACAAAUCACUGGUCACAAAGUUUGUUGCUCUAUCUAUCUUGCUCUAUUCUUAAAUUAGAAAGAAAAAUGACCAACACAUCUCUUCAUGUGAACAUUGACAAGUGGAUUUCUGAGAAUGAGAGUUCUUUUCUACCACCUGUGUGCAACAAAUUAAUGUUCUUUUAUCAGUUGAAUAUUAUGUAUGUUGGUGGUCCAAACAUAAGGAAGGAUUAUCACAUUGAGGAAGGUGAAGAGCUCUUUUACCAGGUGAGGGGUGACAUGGUUCUCAAAGUGAUCGAGAACGGCAAGCACAAAGAUGUGCAUAUCCGAGAGGGAGAGAUGUUCCUACUUCCAGCACGGAUUCCACAUUCCCCCCAGAGACAGGCAAACACAGUUGGGCUGGUGGUGGAAAGGGGAAGACUCGACUCAGAAACAGAUGGGCUCAGGUACUAUGUGGACAAUACCACUGAUGUCUUAUUUGAGCGCUGGUUCUACUGUGAAAACCUCGGAACCCAACUUGUUCCCGUCAUAAAAGAGUUUAUGGAUUCCAAACAGCAUAAAACAGGAAGGCCUGACCCAGCUAAACCCAUCAAGCCAGCCCCAUACCCACUCAACACCAUGAACGUUAUGACACCUUUCUGCUUCAGAGAGUGGGUGGAGAAGCAGAAACCCGCACUGGCCAGCGGUCUGCCGGUGGACAUGUUUGGAGCACAGUUUGAGACUGAGACUCUGCUCUUUGGUCCUGGGACAUCUGAAUCUAAGAGACCUACUGAUGGCUGGAUCUGGCAGCUGGAGGGAUCAUCCAAAGUCUUCAUGAAUGGCAAAGAUUAUAACCUCUCUGCAGGAGACUGUCUCCUUAUCUUUGGAGGAACCAAGUAUCAGUGGAAACGGUCACCGUAUUGUGUUACUUUGUAUGUUGCGCAAGACCCGGAGAGGAAGAGACCUUAUUGAGAUUUAUAAACAAGAAAUUUUAUGACCAGAUGUAUUAUCUUUAUAACAAUGUAUAUAUUGUAAUAUUUAGACCCUUUUAAUUAUCGAUUGCUAUUAGAUGUCAAGAGACUUUCAAUUAGUAUAACAAAAAAUGUUGACUUUUUAAAAUAAAGGACUUUAAAAUGUGCCAAGAAACUUUACUUUUUAAACACUCUCGUAACUAUUAUCUUUAUAAGCUUCACAACUUUAGGCAGAAAACCAAAUCUACAAAUUCUUUAUAUAUAAUAAGUGUAUUUUUGAUCAGAAUUACGUGCCAGUUACACAGUCAUUUCAUAUGAGUACAGAGCAAAUAAAAAAGGUGAAUUUUUUGUUUUGGCUAAAGCCAAAAUUCAGUCCAAAUUUAGUAGUGCCAGGGAUACAAUGGAGUCCACAUAUGUUAAUAAUGCUGAUUAUAAAUACACAUUAUAACAAAUGAAAAUAACAAUUUGAGUUAAAAAAAACUGUACAUCUUUGCAUCACUGUAAAAACGUAGGCUACACUUGAUAUAAUCUAGAAAUACUUGUAUGUUUUUUCAGCAUCAUUUUUCCCCCUUAAGCUUUCUAUUUAUUUACAAGUUUAAAAUAGAUUUUGAUUCUCAG